UGCGCCUUAAUCACGCACUAGAAGAGGAAAAGCGCUAAAAGUUGCUCGGCUCGCCGGCGGCUGUGCGGACGGGGGAAACGGAACUGGAGACGCGGAGCUCGAGCUCGUCUUUGGAUCCGCGCGCGCUUGCGGGAUUGUCUUUUGAUGUCCAGAACAACAAAGACAACAACAACAACAAGAAAAAGAGAGAGAGAAGGAACACACACUAGUGGGAAAGAGAAAGAGUGCGCGGACAUGGCCUCGCGUGCACGAGCCUAAAUGUGCACGGGGUUUAUUUCCACCCUGAGUCUCUGAGACUUCACACUCAACUUCCAGAGACUCUGCAGAGGUGUCAAAGUGGAAAGUGAGCGCUCCCUCUCCCGCCGGUCAAAAUGGCGACCUCGGCUUCACAGGUGGACGCAGCUGAAGGCGGAGCAAACAACGAGUUUAGUGACAUAAUCAAGUGCCGCUCAGAUGAACACGAUGCAGUCCAGAAAAAGACGUUCACAAAGUGGAUUAAUGCACAGUUCUCCAAGACGGGGAAGCCAUCAGUUACUGACUUGUUCUCUGACCUUAAAGAUGGGAGGAAGCUCCUGGACCUUCUUGAGGGCCUCACAGGAACCACCUUGACGAAAGAGCGCGGCUCCACCAGAGUUCAUUCUCUGAAUAACGUCAACCGAGUUCUCCAAGUGCUGCACCAAAGCAACGUGGACCUGGUGAAUAUCGGCGGGACGGACAUUGUGGAUGGAAAUCAUAAGCUGACGCUCGGGCUCAUUUGGAGUAUCAUAUUACACUGGCAGGUUAAAGACAUCAUGAAGGACGUAAUGUCCAACCUGCAGCAGACGAACAGUGAGAAGACGUUGCUGAGUUGGGUCAGAAACUGCACGCGCGGCCGGAGCGACGUUAACGUGAUCAACUUCACCACCAGCUGGACGGACGGCCUCGCCUUCAACGCCAUCCUGCACCGCUUCAGGCCUCAUGCGUUCCGCUGGGAUCAGAUAGUGGCUCUGUCUCCGGUCGAGAGACUCGAACACGCCUUUAACUUCGCCAAAGAUGAGCUCAACAUCGAGAAGCUGCUCGAUUCUGAGGACGUAGCUGUGCAGCUGCCGGAUAAGAAGUCCAUCCUCAUGUACGUCACGUCUCUGUUCGCCGUGCUGCCCAACGAAGUCACCAUGGACGACAUCCGAGAAGUCGAGACCCUGCCAAGGAAGUAUAAGGUGGACGAUGGACACCCCGUUAGCACACAGCAGGGAUUGGCCGGAGCGCCGGAGGAGGUGGGCAGAUCGCCAACCGUGACAUCGAGCAUGGACAAGGAGAUCGGUUUGGAAGGAGGCACGGCGAUGGAUCUGGACUCCUAUCAGGUCACGCUGGAGGAGGUGCUCACGUGGCUGCUGUCCGCCGAGGACGCGCUGCAAGUCCAGGACGAGGUUUCCAAUGACGUGGAAGAAGUCAAGGAUCAGUUCCAUAUCCAUGAGGCAUUUAUGAUGGAGCUGACGGCUCACCAGAGCAGCGUGGGUAACGUGCUGCAGGUGGGAAACCAGCUGAUCGCGCAGGGCAACCUGAGCGAGGAGGAAGAAGAGGAGAUCCGCGAGCAGAUGACUCUACUGAACUCACGCUGGGAAGCUCUGCGUGUGAACAGCAUGGACCGCCAGGCCAGACUUCAUGAAGUUCUCAUGGACCUCCAGCAUCAGCAGCUCCAGCAGCUCUCUGAUUGGCUGAAAGAGACGGAGGGGCGGAUCCGUAAAAUGGAGACGGAGCCGAUGGCGGCGGACAUGCAGGGAUACCUGACUCGGAUCGAGCAGCACAGAGCUCUACAGGGUGACCUGGAGGCCGAGCAGGUUAAGGUGAACUCCUUGACUCACAUGGUGGUGGUGGUGGACGAGAACAGCGGCGAGAGCGCCACCGCCGCUCUGGAGGACCAACUUCAGUCGCUGGGCGAGCGUUGGGCUGCAGUGUGUCGCUGGACCGAGGAGCGCUGGAACAAACUAGAGGAGAUGCUACUUGUGUGGCAGCAGCUUCUGGACGAUCAGAACCUGUUCAGGGCGUGGCUGGCAGAGAAGGAAAACGCUCUGAGCGAAGUGCAGACGAGCGACUUCAAAGACCCGAGCGAGAUCAACACUAACGUUCGUAGAUUAGCGAGCCUGAAAGAGGACAUGGCGCAGAAGCGCCGGGCGCUGGGAACUCUGUCCGAGGCGGGGCAGGACGUGGCACAGUUGCUGAAAAGCCCCGAGGCUGGUCGGUGCAUCGAGGCGGACACGGAGGAGCUGACGCAGCGCUGGGACAACCUGGUGCAGAGACUGGAGGACUGCUCCAAUCAGGUAACCAUGGCAGUCGGUGCUGCAGGGACGCCGCAGGUGCAGGACAGGGUUGUCAUGGAGACGGUGGACGGCCGGACACAACGCUCGAUCGCUGACCAAGAGCUCCUGCCACCUGCGCCGCCCAAGAGACGCCACCUGGAUACGGACACGGAGCUCAGGAAACUUGUGGACGGUGAGAUUCCUGACCUUUUAUCCUGCUUGGUGAGAUGGAAGACCUCGGCACAGUCUCUGUCCUCUACAGAUCCACACCAGCUCAGGAAAACACUCCAGGACCUGGAGGCGGAGCUUAUAGGGAAAGAGCGGCGAGUGAAAGAUGUGACUGCGAGAGGAGAGAAGCUGACCGAGCAGAUCGAGAAAGCAGAAGGGUUGUCCUCGUCCCCGGUCCGCUCCGCGCUCGUCUCCGUGCAGUCUGAGUUCACUUCCUGUCAGCAGCUCCUUCAGGACGUGCGAGACAGAGCUCGGGUUUCGGAGCAGGCCGCGUCCUUGUCCUCCGAUCUGAAGCUUCUGGACAAAGCUCUGCUGGACGCCGAGGCCUGGCACGACCGCACCGCGGGACAUGACGCGGACGCUCAGCUCCUGGCUCUGCGCUCGCUUCGAGACGACUGCCAGGCUCAGCUGGCAGGACUCCGCGGUCUGAGCGCUCAGCUUCAGGAGCUCCGUGUCCAGGCAGCGACUCUGGCCGCAGAACCCGGCGUCCCUCCAGACGUCCAGAGCAGCGUGAGCGGCCUGUCGACCCGAUACGACUCGACACUUCGGCAGCUCGCAGCCCGCGAGCAGGAGAUUAGCGCUGCUCUGAACAGACAGCAGCAGAUCGAGAAAAGCUCUGAAGUUCAGGACAAAUUCGAGGCCAGACUGUCGUCUCUCGCUGCUGAUGUUGUAGACGUCCCGUCCACCGAGAAGGCUGUGGACAAAGCUCAGGCUCUGUGUGCAGAGAUCGAGCAGCAGCAGCAGGCUGGAUCAGAACCGCAGGAGCUCCAGCGUUGGACUCAGCUUUCCGUCAAAGCCGCGGAUCAGCUCGGCAUGCUGCGGUGCAUUCUGGGUAGCAUGAAGGAGGCACAGGUUCGGAGUGAGGAGGUGAGCCGAUGGCUGGACGCCGUACAGGAGCUGCUGUCGGACGACUCCGGCUCCCCUGACCACGCCGACAAACUACAGGAAGAGAUUAACCAGUGCAAGGAGUAUGUGGGAGAGAUGGAGUCGGUGGAGGCGACUCUCAAACAGAUGGCCGUGAACGUAACAGCCGUGCAGCAGAGCGCAGUACCGGGCCUGGCCACAUGGGGGCAGAAGGAGCUUGACGAGAAACAGAGACAGUGGGAUGCUCUGAGCAAACAGUUACAGCAGCGUCAGGAGCGCGUGGCCGAGAGUCAGGAGAAAGUGUUGAACCUGAGGAAGGACUUGGUGGAGAUGCGAGAGUGGAUGUCUCAGGUGGACGAGGAGUUCCUCAUGAGGGACUUCGAGUACAAGAGUCCUGAGGAGCUGGAGGAGGCGCUGCAGGAGAUGAAGAGAGCCAAAGAGGACGUGCUACAGAAAGAAGUACGGGUGAAGAUUCUGAAGGACAGCAUUAAGGUGUUGACGAGUAAAGCGCCCCCUGGUGGUCAGGAUCUGAACAGAGAGUUAGCCGAGGUGCUGCAGAACUACAACAAACUGUGUGACCGCUUUAAGAGCAAGUGCCACACGCUGGAGGAGGUGUGGUCGUGCUGGAUGGAGCUGCUGCAGUAUCUGGACCUGGAGUCGGGCUGGUUGAGCUCUUUAGAGGAGACGCUGCAGGACACUGAGACGCUCCCGGAGAACUCCGACUCCACCAGUCAGGCUCUGGAGUCUCUGGAGUCAGUUCUUCGUCACCCGGGUGAUAACAGGACUCAGAUCCGGGAGCUGAGCCAGACUUUGAUUGAUGGUGGGAUUCUGGACGACCUCAUCACUGAGAAACUGGACAACUUUAACUCUCGCUAUGACGACCUCAACCAGCAGGUGCUGGAGCGUCAGACGGCUCUGGAGCAGCACUUGGGUACGCUGAAGGAGAACGAGACGGCGUUAAACACACUUCAGGACUUGCUCACUCAGCUCGAUCAGACGCUCACGUCCUACCUCACCGACCGCAUAGACGCCUUUCAGAUACCACAGGAAGCUCAGGGGAUCCAGGCUGACAUCACGGCUCUCGAGGCGUCUCUGGAGGACCUGCGCAGGAGGAACGUGGGGAACGCUCCCGCUCCUGCCUCUGACGGGAAAACCUCGCGAGGGGGGACCAUGCUGGAUCAUCUGCAGAGGAAAUUCCGGGAGAUCAACACGAAAUUCCAGCUUUUCCAGAAACCGGCCAACUUCGAGCAGCGCAUGCUGGACUGCAAGAGAAUCUUAGAGAACGCCCGCGCAGAGCUUCACGUCCUCGACCUCACGGAUACACAGCCGGAGCAGAUUCAAACACACCUCGCCGGCUGCAUGAAGCUGUACAAGAUGCUGAGUGAGGUGAAGCUGGAGGUGGAGACAGUGAUAAAAACGGGCCGACAGAUUGUCCAGAAACAACAGACUGAGAAUCCCAAGAGCAUGGACGAACAGCUCACUGCGCUAAAGUUACUCUACAACGAUCUGGGAGCACAGGUGACGGAAGGGAAACAGGAGCUGGAGAAAGCUCUGUCUCUGUCACAGAGACUGCAAAAGGACAGCGCCGCCCUGCAGGACUGGAUCACAACCACACACACACAGCUGGAGAAGAAGAUCAACACGGGAGACAUGCCGGCUGACAUCGAUGCCGAGAUUGCCUGGGCCAACGGUCUGCUUAAGGAGAGUGACUGUAAGAAGGCAGAUCUGGGGAAGGUGACUGAAAACAGCGCCGCCCUGCAGGCCAUAGUCGAUGGCAGCGAGGCUCAGCUUGAGGACCAGCUGUUCGUCCUGAAUGAGGGAUGGCAACAAGUGCGGACGCUUACGGAGGACUGGCUCAGCGCUGUACUGAAUCAUCAGCGAGAGGUGGAGAUGUUUGACGAGAACCUGGCUCACAUCAGCACCUGGCUCUAUCAGACCGAGAUCCGUCUGGACGAGACGGAGAAACUUCCCCCGGCCGAGAGGGAGAGAGUGGUGAAGGCUGUGCUGAAUGAACUGGAGGCGAUGAGCGCGAGGGUGGACGGCGCCCGUGACCAGGCCGUGGUCCUGAUGACCGGCAGAGGGCCGGCGUGCAGGGACGUGGUGGAGCCCAAACUGGAAGACCUGAACCGCAACUUCCACAAGGUGGCGCAGCACAUCAGAACCGCUCAGGGAGAGGAGGCGGUGAGGGAGUCGGGUGCUCCAACGUCCUCGUCUGAGCUGAAGGAGUUCGAGACGGAGUUACAGGCGACGCUUGGCGCACUGGAGCAGCAGGAGUCCGCGCACACGCCUGAUGAGGACAAGCUGGAUGAAGAGAAAGCUCGUGUUGAGGAGGUCUUAAGGAAAGGAGAAGAGCUGAUUCAAUCUGCUUCAAAUGACAAGAGAGAUGAGCUACGCCUAAAACUGCAGCUUCUACACACUCGCUACAGGGAGCUCCACAUCAUCCGGACCCGGCGAGUCGGAGAGGUUUGUCGAGACUCCGCCCCCUCCUCGACCCCCCACGCCUGUCAGGAAGAGCAGCGCGUGUCUCUCUCGCCGUCCUCCUUCCUCCUGGACGUCAACAAGGUUCUGCUGGCCAUGGCCGACAACGAGCUCCUCCUCAACUCGUCAGAGCUCAGCGGCGGCCUGUUUGAGGAUUUCUCCAGCCAGGAGGACACGCUCAGGAACAUAAAGGAGAGUCUGGAGCGAGUCGGCGAGCAGGUAACGGUGUUAAACGAGCAUCAGCCUGACGUGAUCCAGCACGCCUCCAGGCAGGAAGUGGUGCAGAUAGGCGACGCGCUGACGCAGCUGAACGCCGAGUGGGACCGCGUGAACCGCAUGUACGGCCAGCGCAAAGGAUCUUUCGAUCGUGCCAUUGAGGAAUGGAGGCAGUUUCACUGCGACAUGAACGACCUGUCUCAGUGGCUGUGCGACACCGAAAAGGCUCUGGCGGAUGAAACCGGACCUGAGGGAGACCCGGAGCGUGCCCGCGCUCAACAAGAGGAGCUGGAGGAAGGCCUGACGAGUCACGAGGCCAUGCUGGCUGACCUCGUGCAGUCGGGAGAUCACAUCAUCACACAGCUGACGUCUCCGGACGGCCCUCUGCUCCAGGACAAGCUGGACAACCUCACAAAGCGUUGUGCGAUCGUACACACGCGAGUGACCGAGCGCCGCCGCAGGCUAAUGACCAGCGACCCCUCUGUGUUAGAAGUGCUAAGGCGCAGUGCUGAUUUGGAGCACUGGCUGGAACAGACCGAGGCCGCUGCUUUGACGCUGCCUGCGACUGCCGCUGACCAAAACCUGCGAGAGCUGAAGGCUCUGACGGAGGAGAUGGAUUUGCAGAACGACAAUUUGACCUGGCUAAACCGUAACGGUUCCCAGAUCCUCGCCAGCUCCAACCUGAAGUCUCACGAGAGAGAAGCGCACGCUUCCAAACUCCGGCAGAUCAACAUGACCUGGAGCAAAGUGACGCAGGAGUUAUUAGAGAAGGUCAGGGAGGUGGAGGCCAGGCUGCAGUUCCAGGACAGGAUGAACCACUUGAGUGACUGGGUCCAUCUUACCCAGCAGCCCCUGAGCGGACGCACCGAGCUGUCAGUCACCGAAGCACAGGCUCUGGAGUCGGCUGUGAGGGAGCGAAGAAGAGAGCUGGACGACCUGCUCACGCGUUCCACCGAGCUACAUCGGACACAGCAGCUGCUCCCUCAGGAAAAGGGUAAAAUGGAGAAGCUAGCAGCAGACUGGAAAGUUCUUGAGCUCACACUGAAAGACAGGACACAAGUGGCUCAGUCACCGUGGACGCACCAGAUCUCCCAGCAGCCGCUGUCUCCAGUGUGUGUGGAGGUUCAGAGGUCAGUGUUACUGGGCGAGGCUCCUCUCAGCGCAGUGUGUGUGAGCGAUCGGGCCACAGAACUGGCCGACUGGCUGCAGCUCAUCCAGCAGAUGCUCAAAUCCAGCAUCGUUACCGUGGGAGACACCGAGGAGAUCCGCACCACCAUCAGCCGCCUCGAGGUGACUAAAGGUGAUCUGGAGCAGAGGCAUCCUCAGCUGGAGGAGAUUUUCACUCAGGCUCAGAACAUCAAGAACAAAACGUCCGACCUGGACGUGCGCACCUCCAUCACAGAGAAACUGGAGAAAGUGCGCAGCCAAUGGGACGGCACGCAGCACGGCGUGGAGGCGCGGCUCUUGCAGCUGGAUCACAUGACCGCGCACAGCGAGCAGUGGCGGGACCAGUGGGCACGUGUGAAGGCCCUGAUCGGUCACAACGAGGCGCGCUUGCACAACCUGCUUCAGACGAGCCGAGAGCCGCUCACCAAGCAGAUCGGCGACAACAAGGCCUUCCUGCAGGACCUGAGCCGAGAGCACGCGACCGUGGCGGCGUUUAACGAGCUCUGCGGUCAGCUGCUGCAGGAUUACGCCACCGAUGACACACGCAGGGUCAAAGAGGUGAUGGACAAAACCAUCGUUUCCUGGAACACCAUCAAUAACAGGGCGUCAGAUCGUCAGGCGGUUCUCGACUCAGAGCUGAAGAACCUGCAGGUGUCCCUCAGGGAGCUCGAGGGCUUCCUCAAAUGGCUACAGGAGGCGGAGACAACCGUCAACGUCUUGGCCGACGCCUCCCAGAGGGAGGAGCUGUCUCAGGACUCCGCCCACAUCCGAGAGCUGAAGGGGCAACUAGACGAUAUCCAAGCGGAGAUUGACGCCCAUAACGAUGUGUUUAAGAGUGUAGACGGAAACAAGUUGAGGAUGGUGAAGGCUCUGGGCAGCUCCGAGGAGGCCGUGUUCCUGCAACAGAGACUGGAUGAUAUGAACCAUCGCUGGAAUGAACUCAAGGCCAAAUCAGCCAACAUACGGGCUCAUUUAGAGGCCAGUGCAGAGCGAUGGAGCAGGCUGCUCUCUGUUCUCGAGGAGUUGUGGAGGUGGAUCUGCCAGAAGGAUGAUGAACUUACUAAACAGAUGCCUAUUGGAGGAGAUGUGCCAACGUUGCUGCAACAACACAACCACUGCUCGGCUUUAAGGGCGGAGCUGAGGGAGCGGGAGCAUGUCGUGGUCAGCACCUUGGACCAGGCACGUCUGUUCCUGGCUGAUCAGCCGAUCGAGGGACCUGAAGAACCGCGCAAGAACCUCCAGCCAAAAACAGAGUUAUCUCCAGAGGAGAAGGCCCAGCGGGUGGCCAGGGCGAUCCGUAAGCAGGCGGCCGAGGUGCGCGAGCGCUGGGAGAGGCUGCUCGGACAUGUCGGAGGUUGGCACGAGCAGGUGGAACGCUCUCUGGAGAAACUCCAGGAUCUGCAGAGCGCCAUGGACCACCUGGACGUGCACCUUAGCCAACCCGAGGAGGUCAAAGGUCACUGGCAGCCCGUCGGAGACCUGCUCAUCGACUCGCUGCAGGACCACAUCGACAAAACCAUGGCAUUCCGGGACGAGGUGGCUCCUCUGAAGCAGGAGGUGAUAGCGGUGAACGUCUUAGCGAGUGAACUGGCUCCUCUGGACGUGCAGCUGUCCUCCACCACCAGCAGACAACUGGACAACCUGAACACUCGCUGGAACGUUCUGCAGGCGGCCAUUGAGGAGAGACUGAAGCACCUACAGGAAGCUCACAGAGACUUCGGACCUUCAUCACAGCACUUCCUCUCCACUUCGGUCCAGAUGCCCUGGCAGAGAGCAGUGUCUCAGAAUAAAGUGCCCUACUACAUCAACCAUCAGACACAGACGACAUGUUGGGAUCAUCCCAAGAUGUCCGAGCUCUACCAUUCCCUCGCUGAUCUCAAUCACGUGCGAUUCUCUGCCUACAGAACUGCCAUGAAGAUCCGGAGACUACAAAAAGCACUCUGCCUGGACCUGUUGGACCUGUCUGUCGCUCAGGCCAUGUUCCAGCAGCACAAGCUGAACGUGAACUCCGCGCAGCUCUCCGUCCCCGAGGUCAUCAACUGUCUCACGUCCGUUUACGACGACCUGGAGCAGGAGCACAAGGACCUGGUGAACGUGCCGCUCUGCGUCGACAUGUGUCUCAACUGGCUCCUCAACGUCUACGACACGGGUCGCAGUGGGAAGAUCCGGGUCCUGUCCAUGAAGAUCGGCCUGCUCUUGCUGUGUAAAGGGCACCUGGAGGAGAAGUACAGAUGUCUGUUUAACCAGGUGUCGUCGCCGGGGGAUACGUGCGAUCAGAGGCAGUUGGGGCUCCUGCUGCACGAUGCCAUCCAGAUCCCACGGCAGCUCGGGGAGGUGGCAGCGUUCGGGGGCAGCAACAUCGAGCCGAGCGUCAGGAGCUGCUUCCAGCAUGUGAACAAUAAGGUGGAGCUGGAGCCGAGGCAGUUUAUCGACUGGAUGAGGCUGGAGCCGCAGUCCAUGGUCUGGCUUCCCGUGCUCCACAGAGUAGCGGCCGCCGAGACGGCGAAACACCAGGCCAAGUGCAACAUCUGUAAAGAGUGUCCGAUUGUGGGCUUCAGGUAUCGCAGUUUGAAGCACUUCAACUACGACGUUUGUCAGAGUUGCUUUUUCUCCGGACGCACAGCGAAGGGGCACAAGCUGAACUACCCUAUGGUGGAGUACUGCACACCGACCACCUCAGGCGAGGACAUGCGCGACUUUACCAAAGUGCUGAAGAACAAGUUCCGCUCGAAGAAGUACUUCGCCAAGCAUCCUCGCCUCGGCUACCUGCCCGUGCAGACCGUCCUGGAGGGGGACAACAUGGAGACCCCAGUCACUUUGAUCAGCAUGUGUCCCGAGCAGUAUGAGCUGCCUCUGUCACCUCAGCUUCCCCAUGACGACACACACUCGAGGAUAGAGCAGUACGCCAGCAGGUUGGCUCAGAUGGAGCGCUCUAACGGUUCUCUGCCUACAGACAGCAGCUCGGCCACUGGAAGCAUGGACGAGGAGCACGCAUUGAUCUUGCAGUACUGCCAGGCCCUUGGUGCCGAGGGUGCGUCCUGCAGCCAGCCUCAAAGUCCCGCCCACACGCCCAAAUACAACACUGUGAGCACCCACGGCUCCAUACAGGUGCUUCAGAGCCCGGCCCAGAUCCUGCAGGCUGUAGAACGGGAGGAGAGAGGAGAGCUGGAGCGCAUCAUCACUCGCCUGGAGGAGGAGCAACGGUCUCUGCGCAGGGAGUAUGAGCAGCUGCGUGAGCAGCAGAGACAGCGUGGUGCAGAGAGUGUGAUGAGCACUGAGAGCACAGAGGGCGCGGUCCCGGAUGAGGCCGACCUGCUGGCCGAGGCUAAGCUCCUCCGGCAGCACAAGGGCCGUCUGGAGGCACGUAUGCAGAUCCUGGAGGAUCACAACAAACAGCUGGAGUCUCAGCUCUACCGACUACGCCAGCUCCUGCACCAGCCUGAGCUGGAUUCUGCAGUUAACGGCGGUUCCUCUUCGGGUUCUCUGAGUCAGGAGGGAAAAGGUCAUCCAGAACACAACGAUGAUUUUCUGGAUCAUUCUUCCUCCUCUGAUAUGACUGACCUUAUGGAGCAGAUUUAUAACAGCUUUCCAACCUGUGCUCCACCGAGCCUGUCCUCAAGAUCGCAGGUGAUGUGAAAGCUGCCAACGAUGAAGUAAAUAAACAAAAACACAUCGACGACGCGGCGCGUGAUGUGGUGAAGCCCCGCCCUCACACUGACGUCCCUCACGUCGAUCCUGCUCCAGUUCCACCGCCGAGUUCCCGCCCACUCACCACGCCCAUCACUCCGUCUGUCUGUACUAUGCAACUGUAAAAUUCCGUCACCUUGUAGAUCGACCAUGAUUUGAGUUGUUUUUAUUAUUAUUAUUAUUAUUAUUAUUAUUAUUAUUCUUGGGAUGUAACUGUAUAAAUAACCUGAUCAGGUUAUUACCGUGUUAACGGUGGGUUUGCGGAUUGUGUAACUAUCUUAAGCUUGUGUUUCUAUUCUGGCGUGCGCUCCCCGAGACCCUCGGUUCAUCUUGGUUUCCGUUUCCAACAGCCGGAUAAAAUCACUCGUGCCCCUUGUUUCCCGCCGGCUCACGAAUCAAUCCAGCUGCACGUUUCUCCCAGAAUGCACCUCUCUGCCGUGUUUCUCGUGUUUACAGCGUCAUCCAUGUUUGGUCAGCUGUUUUUUUUUGUUUGUUUGUUUUUUUGGAAAACAAAUCAAGGUGAUUUCCCAACCGACAUCAUCAUGCGACAAAGCUUUCCGUUCCCGUGUCACAGUUUUGUUUGUUUUUUGCAAAUUUUUAACUAUUAAAGCGUGACACUUUUUUAAUCCGCUUAUCGUCGUGGAAACGAGUCCCCGUACGUACCCAUCCCCCGUGUAAAUACUGUACAUGUUCAGGAAUGCGGAGAUGUUUUUUCGCCCUGUGUGCCUAUACAGCAUCCAUUCCAAGGAGAGGAUUCAUGUGACGGAAAUGAAGACAGAUCUAAAAUUCAGAUUCGAGGAUUUUUUUUUCUUUUUUCUUUUUCGCUCUCUUAUUGUUUUGAGUCGAAUAGUUUUCUAAAGUCAAAUUAAAUUGAGAAGAAAGCCAUGAUUGCCUUGCUACCUCAGACUCAACAGCAUUCGUUUGCGAGAUUCAUGCUUUUUUUCUUUUUCUUUCUGUUUUGUUUUGUUUUUUGCAAAACCACAGACAAAUCUAAAACCACAAAUUGUAAACAUUUUAAAUUGUAGAUGUUAAAGUUUAGUUAGAUCAGGGAUGUGAUUAGGAUUAAGAAAAAGGCAAAACAUAAAAGGAAAGUUCCAUGAAUUAAAAAAAAAAAAAUCCUGUGAUUAGUUUGUGAAUUUUUUUUUCAUAGUUUUUUUUUUUUUUUUUUUUUUUUACUCCGUGAUGUAUUUCGUGCUUUUCCCCAGCGAAGCAUUACUACUAUAACCAGUGUGAUGUGUCCCUGACUGCGGGGUUCCGAUGCAUUAGAUUUCCCAGAGUGCUGACCUGAGAUCGGUUUCGUCUCCUUCGUCGCAGGAGGACAGAUCUCAGGUCAUCGCCUCGUACGUCCAUGUCUUGACGUCGAUUUUUUCCGUGCUGUCUCACGUCCACUGAGCUGUGUUGUUCUAAUCUGAGGUAGAUCGUGUAGGCUGACCACACUACAUGUAAUAUGGUUUUAUUCAGAAUAAAAUUUUUAUAACAAGCA